GUAGGUUUCUAUAUUUCUGAGAACUAAAUGCCUUCCCGUCGUCCAUCAAGGGAUCCCUGCGAGAUCUAUAUUGAUUUGUUUUGACAGGAUAACGGGUUGACUCAUACAUGCUCUGGUACGUUGUUCACUCUUUUCAUUUUUGGGCGUUUGUUGUUUUCUCGUCCGGUAUCCCAUUUUCUUCAAUAGUCCAUUCGAACUUUUUUGGUCAGUCGGUCAGGUUGGGAAUGGUGGGAUGGAGCCCCGAAAGCAGAUCAUCAGGACCAUCACCCUCACCUCCAAUGAUUGGCAAUCCGAGCUAUGGCCGAGUCGGACAAUUCGUUGCUUUCCCUUCGUCGCCUGCAGAUACUCUGGUGGGAACUCUUUGGUUUUUCCCCCUCGAUCGGGGCUGGGGGUGACCUUGAUUUGGAGAACAUGAUGACUAUUUGUUCUCCAGGAUCCAACCACCUGGACUAUCUACAGGAAGACGAAGACGAAGAAGACGAAAGGAGACCGCAAACAUUCCAUAGAUAGUGUUCAUUCCUUGUUUUCGUUUUAUGUCUUUUUAUUUUUUAUUUUUAUUUUAUUUUUUUUUCCAUUUUGCUUUUGCUUUCUUUGAAUUUUUAUAGAUUGUUUGUUGGCUUAGUAUUUUCUUUCCCCCCCGUUUUGAUCCUCUCUCUCUCCCUUGGUGAUCCAUUGAUGGUAUUCACCAGCCCCCUUGAACACGGAUGGUGGAUUUUAUUUCGUUUCUGAUUUUUUAUUUAUUUUCGUUCCCGACCUGAAUGAGCCCAAAAGGGAAUAAUGGAAAUCCCAAACCACUGGGACUGGAGUACUAAAGGGGGUUUUCCUAGGGUUCUCUAAACCUUUAUCGGACUGGGCAGCGGAUUGAUUGAGGAAAGUCCCACGAGAGUUAAUCCUUUCCAGGUUUAACCACUGCUGGCUUAAGGUUUUCGUGCCAAUUGUUGCGCACAUUUGGGAAGCCUCUUUUUGAUUUGAUUUAUUUAUUUAUUUUGUUCAAAACUGAUUAUUAUUAUUAUUUCUUUUCACUCACACCGCUUCGAAUGUUGACAACGUGAAAAAAAAAGGGAAAAGAAAAGGAAACCGUGAGGGACAGAGGGAUAUCAAAAAAUUAACAAGAAAAAGAAAAAAG